GAGAAGACAUUAGAGACCAAUAGAAUCUUAGCUGGAUGCAUCACCCCCACAAACCCAUACCCACUCAAAUAACUCUAUACUUUCUCUUUUGUAAUUUUUCUCUCUAUGAUUCCACCUUUUCACACAAUAUCAUCACUCACUCACCAUCUCUCUCUUUCUGUUUGGUAAGAGAGAAAAUGAAGGAAAAGAAAAGAAAAGAAAAAGUGUCCCACACAAAUCUCUAAACCAUUGCUGUAAUCUUGUCUCCCCCAAUCUUCCUUUGUUCUUUCAUUCCUCAGUCACAAUGUUUGAUUCCUUCUUCUUCUUCUUCUUCUUCUUCAUUCUGUUUGUUCACUGUAAAUCUUCUGAAAUUCCUGCUGGUAUUCGUAGAUUGCUUCACCAACCAUUUUUCCCACUUGAUUCUGUUCCUCCGGCGGAGCCACCGUCGACUCCGAUACCGCCGCCACCGAAUCCCAAGUACCCAUUUUCCACUACCCCUCCUGCUAAUCCUGAUGGGUCUCCAUUUUUUCCGACGUAUCCUGGAACCCCACCUCCUCCGGCGCCGGCGAGUUUCGCAUCGUUUCCGGCAAAUAUUUCUUCUCUGAUUCUACCUCAUUCGUCUCAGUCUGGUUCAGGUUCCAAGAAGCUUGUUCCGUUGGUUAUUGCUGGGGUUGUUUCUGCUGUUUUGGUUGUCUGCAUUGCUGGGUUUUUGUACUGGCGGAGGCGGCGUGGUCGUGGUUUAGGCGAUGACAAGACUUACAGAUCGGAAAAUAGUAGCCGGUUGUGUCCGGUUCCGAAUGUUGAAGUCGGUAAUGGAAUCCCUAAGUUGAGACAUCCCUCUGCUACUAGCUCUGAGUUUCUGUAUUUGGGUACUCUUGUGAACUCGAGAGCGAUCGAUGAGCGUUCUGUAGGGGGGGCUCGUGUUGCUGAUCCUAGGCCGUUGGAUUCGCCGGAGCUUCAUCCACUUCCGCCGCUGAAUUUUGGUCGGUCGAGUGAGAAGCAAAAUUGUGGAAAUGGAGAGGAGAGAUCGAUGGGAGAUGAAGAGGAAGAGGAAUUUUACUCUCCUAAAGGUUCUCUCGGCGCUAUUGGUUCUGGAUCUCGAAGAGUGCUCGCAACAAUGGCGGCUGAAGAUUUGCUUGGUAAAACCAGCGAUUCAAGUACCACUUCGUAUUCCACAUCCAGCGGUUCCGUUUCGCCGGCGAGAUCACGUUCUAAGAGUCUCUCACUAUCUCCACCGGCGAGCUUGAGCCCUAGAAGAUCCGUUCAAAAUGAAUCUUCUAAUUUCUCUGUUUCUGCCACUGUAGCGACGGAGCAACACUCACCACCAUUGGCGCCGCCGCUUUCCCACGGUGGGGUGGAAUCAGACGACAGCGUUAAAUCCCAUUGCCCAUCUCCAAUGCGUUUAUCGACGGACAAAGUUCCGGAGAAAAACUCCACCGCAUCUUCAUCCCGGAGAUUUUCUAAUGUUUCAAUUCACAGUGUGAUGUUCCCAAUUUCAACAACCGAUAAGGAUUUAGUUAAUCAUGCUGAUACGAUCAAUAAUCACGAAGAAUCUCCAAGACAAUCCCAUAGUUCAGAUCCAGACGAGCCGUUUCCCUUUUCUCCUUGUUUAUUUCCUCUUUCAGAUGGAGUUUUAGGGCAAAUUCAGAAUCAAUUGCCCACAGGUUCAAACAUUCCCCAUUCAGAUUCUGAUGCAAAAUUUAAGCAACUUCCUUACUCGUUUACUUCAUCUUCACCUUCAUCGUCACCGGAGAGAGUUGUUAUGGACUCAUCUCCGUCAAGAGCAUCCAUUAUUUCAGAUAAAAAAAGGUCUUCUCCACCAUCACCAGAGAGAAUUGUGUUGAGUGAUUCAGAUUCAUCAAAUAAAGCUUCGGACUAUUUUGAUCAAGAUGUGAAAUCUUCUUCUGCCGACAUCAAUACCACUGAUAUGAGUCGGCUGCAAUCUCCUUUGGGUCCAUCCACUGCUCCUCCGCCACCAAUUGUGUUGAGUGAUACAGAUUCAUCAAAUAAAGCUUCGGACUAUUUUGAUCAAGAUGUGAAAUCUUCUUCUGCCGACAUCAAUACCACUGAUAUGGGUCGGCUGCAAUCUCCUUUGGGUCCAUCCACUGCUCCUCCGCCUCCGCCACCUCCACCAUCACCUCCACCACCUCCGCCACCACCCCCACCACUGAUGGUCUCUCUGCCAGAACGCAGGGAAAUGCCCAUUUCUCCUUCAACACCAUUGGACCAAUCCAUUCCAAAGGCACCUCCUCCAUUAGUGCCUCCAUUAAGGCCAUUUAUUAUGGAGAACGUGAAAAAUGUCUCACCAAUUCAGUUGCCAUCCUGCAAAAGCAAUGGUGAAUCCUCUGAAGACACCCCCAAGCCCAAGUUGAAGCCUUUGCAUUGGGAUAAAGUAAGGGCCAGUUCUGAUCGUGAGAUGGUGUGGGAUCAACUCAGAUCAAGCUCUUUUAAAGUUAACGAGGAAAUGAUUGAAACUCUGUUUAUUGUGAACACUUCCAAUUCAAAAGAGACAACUCCACGCACUGUGCUUCCUCCACCUAACCAAGAGAUCGGAGUUCUUGAUCCCAAAAAGUCCCAGAACAUUGCGAUUGCGUUACGGGCGCUAAAUGUGACCAUAGAAGAAGUUUGUGAUGCCCUUUUAGAAGGUAAUGCAGAAGCGCUUGGAGCAGAGCUACUUGAAAGUUUAUUGAAGAUGGCUCCAACAAAAGAAGAAGAACGUAAACUAAAGGCAUCCAAGGAUGUAUCACCUACAAAGUUUGGCCCUGCUGAGAAAUUUUUGAAGGCAGUCCUUGAUGUUCCUUUUGCAUUUAAAAGGGUGGAUGCAAUGCUUUAUAUAGCAAAUUUCGAGUCCGAGAUUGAGUACCUAAAGAAAUCGUUCGAAAAUCUUGAGACUGCUUGCGAGGAAUUGAGGAAUAGCAGAAUGUUCUUAAAACUUUUGGAAGCCGUGCUUAAGACAGGGAAUCGCAUGAAUGUUGGCACCAAUCGUGGCGAUGCCCACGCCUUCAAACUCGACACACUUUUGAAGCUUGUUGAUGUCAAGGGUGCAGAUGGAAAAACCACUCUCCUACAUUUUGUUGUACAAGAGAUCAUAAGAAGUGAAGGAGCUCGUCUUUGUGUCACGAGUCAAAUUUCAAACUCCAACCCGAGUGAUGAUGUCAAAUGCAGGAAACUUGGCCUGCAAGUUGUUUCAGGUCUCAGCUCGGAACUCGCCAACGUAAAGAAGGCAGCUUCAAUGGAUUCCGAUGUGCUCAGUGGCGAAGUCAUCAAGCUUUCAAGAGGACUCGACAACAUCAGAGAGGCUCUACGUCUAAACGAAGCAGAUGGGCCAAACGAAAGCACAGAAAAGUUCUCAGAGUCAAUGAGCAGAUUCUUAAAAAUGGCAGAAGAGGAUAUCAUCAGAGUCCAAGCCCAUGAAAGUGUUGCCCUAUCUCUAGUAAAGGAGAUCACAGAGUACUUCCAUGGCAACUCUGCCAAAGAAGAAGCUCAUCCAUUUAGAAUUUUCAUGGUGGUGAGAGAUUUCCUAACAAUUCUUGAUGGAGUCUGCAAAGAAGUCGGGAUGAUAAACGAGCGGACAAUCAUAAGUUCCGCCCAUAAAUUUCCAGUUCCAGUGAAUCCAACAUUACCACAAGCAUUUCAAGCUCUUCAUAAAGUGCAGAAAUACAAUUCUUCUGAUGAAGAAAGUGAACAAUCCCCAUAAGAGGAGCUUGUGGGGGAGGUUAAAUAUGAUGCUCAGAUAGCUUUUUCUUCUUCUUUUAGCUGUGUUUUGUUUUCUAGAAAAUUGUGUGGAAGUUGCUGGUUUGAAGAGGGAGAGUCAAAUUCCACUUGCUCCUCAAUUUCUACUUGUGUAAAUGCAAAUGUAAAAGAUUUUGAAUUGAGUUCUUGUAGAAGAUAUAUAUAAAGAAAUGAUAUAAUACCAAAUGAAGUGAAGUUCCUAUUUA